AUGAAAAGGCGAGCAAUUGAAACAAUGGAGACAACUUCUACUAUAAUAAAUGAAUGUGUUAACGGAUUAACACAGUCAGCAAAAGGAAUCCUUCAAAAUAAUGAAGCGUUAUGAAAAAUGAUUAGAAGAAAACGGAAUAAAGAAAAUUUAGCUCCAGCGGCACCAAUAGAUUUAAAAACUCUACAUUUACCCGAAAUAUACAAAACUUACUCGCCAAAUAAUGGACUAAGCGAACAGUUCUUAUUAGCAGAUAGUGGGCAGGAAUCAGAUAGAGUUUUAAUAUUUGGCCGACUUAGUGGGCUAAAAAUAUUAAAAAAUUCCCGAACCUGGUACUGUGACGGCACUUUUAGAAUUGCUCCAUUAUUAUUUUCCCAGGUUUAUGUUAUUUUGGCCGAAGCAUUAGGAGGUGUACACCCGAUAAUUUAUGCACUACUUCCAAGCAAAAAGGCUAGUGUUUAUGAAAAAUUAUUAAAUAUGUUAAAAACGCUUGAACCAGAUUUAAAUCCAGACUCAAUUUCUUGUGAUUUCGAACUUGCUGCUUUUACAGCUAUAAAAGAUGCAUUCCCAAAUGUACAAAUAUUUGGAUGUUAUUUUCACUUAUGUCAAAACUUUCGAUCCAAAUUAGGUGAGCUACAUUUAAUAUCUCGUUAUAAAAAUGAACCAGAAUUUUGCAUACACGUAAAAAGUAUUAUCGCAUUAGCUUUCGUUCCUAUAUCAGAUCUUGAUGAUGCGCUAGAUAUUUUAUCAGAAAGUUUACCCGAGGAACUUAUAGAUUUAUUAAAUUGGUUCGAAGACUUUUAUAUUGGCCGGAAAAAUCGUAGUCGUGUAGGUCGACGGCCUGCGCGAUUUUCUCCGACAAUGUGGAAUUUAUACGAACGUGUAUUGACAAAUAAAGACCGUACAAAUAACCAUGCGGAAGCGGCGAAUAGAAGAUUAAAUCAGUUAAUGACAAACAAACCUACAAUUUGGGCUUUCAUAAAUACAUUACGUAAAAUACAGGCAGGAACGGAUACACAGUAUGAACAUUUGGUAACAGGUAAUAGUCCACGGAAAAAGUUACAAAAAUUUAGAGACAUAGACAAUCGUAUUUAUAAACUAAUUGACAGAUACGAUAAAAAUGACAUUCCAACAUUUAUCAGGGGAAUAUCAAAUAAUAUAGCAAAAAUUUUCGUUAGAUUACAUGCAUCUAACAUGCUUAGGAGUAAUGCGCAAACUUAUCUUGUUAUGGAUGAAAGGACCAUUAUCAGUCCGCCUUCCAAGCUCUAA